AUGUCCACUGGCUCUGCAGCAAGCGAUGCUGAGGAUUAUGACACAUGUUACAGAAGGACUGCAAACGCUUUGGAGAGGACCGCGCGGAAAAUUACCUGCUAUGAUCCUAGCCCAUAUUCGGAUGAGGAGUUGGAGGACGAAGGUGUGGAUGGGAGGAUCAAGCAGGAGCGCAGACUCUCCAUGGCGCACCAGAAGGAAGCGCGACAGUCGCAGAGAAAUGCGGCCAACGCCAGGGAGAGGGCGCGGAUGAGAGUGCUGAGCAAAGCUUUCUCCAGACUCAAAACCAGCCUGCCCUGGGUACCAGCAGACACCAAACUGUCCAAACUCGACACGCUUCGACUCGCCUCGAGCUACAUAUCACACCUGAGACAGCUUCUGCAGGAUGAUAGAUUCGAGAACAGCUUUGCGCACCCAGUCAGUCUGGUAUGA